CAAAUAUGAUCAUUUUCGGCGCCCGCGCACCAUUCCGACACCGGCGCGCUGUUUGACAGUUGCGUUCGAAAUUUAAACUGUUCCAGUGUCUAUUUGAUUGGUCACAAUGAGGGUGUUUUGCAGUUUUGUAUUGGUUUGUGUCAUCGGUGUGCAGGGAAAAGUUGCACCGGACGGCUUCCCGGCCUGCAAGCGAACGGACCCUCAGAUCGAGAAGUGCUUCCUCGACGGCAUCGAGAACAUCCGACCGCAGCUGCAAGCGGGCAUCCCCGAGGUGAACAUCCCCUCGCUCGAGCCCUUCCUGGUGCCGACGCUCAAGCUGGACCGCACCGCCCCCAACCUGCGCCUGAAGGCCGUGCUGAAGAACAUGGUCGCUCGUGGAGGAGGAAACUUCAGGAUUGAUAGAUUGAAGAUAAACCUGAACAACAAGUACGCAGCGGAGGUGAAGCUGUUCAUCCCGCGGCUGGCGGUCACCGUGGACUACGACGUGAAGGGCUCCAGGCUGCUCGUGCUCGACAUCGACGGCAAGGGACAGCUCCGGGGGAACUUCACUGGCAUCCAGGUGGUGGCUAAAGGAAGCGCGAAGGUUAUCGAGAAGGACGGGGAGUCCUACCUCCAGGCAGACAAGAUCGCCACCAGGCUCAAGAUCAACCACGGACAGAUCGAUAUCAAUGACACGGAGAGACCGUAUGCAGCAAAUUCAGCCGUGGCCUUCUUCAACUCGAGUCCCAACGUGGUGCUGGACAUCCUCAACCCGCUCAUCGAGGACACGGGAGCCGCCAUCAUGAAGGCAUUCCUCAACAAGAUCUUCGGCAGCAUUCCCUUGAAGGAACUCAUCCUGGACUUAAAACACCUCCCGGGAUGUCACUACAGUGAUCCAAAAGUGACAGAAUGCAUCCAGAAGGCUGCAGAGGAGGCCAAGGUAUUGCUGGCCCAUGGGGUUCCAUCCCUCGGGAUCCAACCUUUGGAACCCCUGAAGGUUCCAAGUGUGAGGCUCCGCCAGCACAAUGGGCCCAAUAAAGGGCUGAAGUACGACGCCUGGCUCUCAGAUGUCACGCUGAAAGGACUUACCGAUUACAAAGUUAAUCAGAUGGACAUAUUCCCUGAGAAGCUGAAGGUGUUGGCGAACAUCAGCCUGCCGCACCUGCAGAUGUCGGGCGAGUUCGUGAUCCUCGGCCACUUCCAGAUGCUGCCCGUCGAGUCCACCGGGAAACUAUCCGCUAACUUCACGAUGUGCUCAGCAUCAAUAGAGGCGUUGGGCGCGAGGGUUCACAAGCGCAUGGUGGUGCGAGACGCCGUGGUGAGGCUGCAGUGCGCCGGCCCACUGCAGGCAGACCUGGAUGAGGCACACUCCGCUACUGGGGAGAUGGAGAUGAUAACGGACCACAUCGUACAGAUGCACUCAAACGAGAUCAUAGCUGAGGUGCAGCCAGCCGUGGAGACCACCCUGGCGAUGGUGCUCGAAGAUAUAGCCAACAAUUCCGUGGUGGGAGGUUGGGAAAAGAAAUUCAUAAACUUCGGCAGCUUUGUUUGUCCCAGAGAGGAAAAAGCUCUUGGACGAUGUCUGAAGGAUUCGUUUAAUCUCUACAUCCCGCAGUUAGCUUCAGGACUCCCCGAGUACGGUCUGCCGGCAUGCGAGCCGCUGGUGGUGCCCUCGCUGACCGUGGAGCAGUCCACGGGAGCCAUCCGCGUCAGCUCCACGUACUCCGACGUCACCGUGCGCGGACCCUCCAAGAUGAAGGUCACUAAUGUCGACGUGAACCCCCGCAAGCACCUGGUGGUGGUGGACAUGCACAUCCCGGAGCUGCUGAUGCGCGGGCGCUACCGGCUGCACGGGAACGUGCUCAUGCUGCCCAUCGAGGGAGAGGGCACCUUCUCCGGGAGAUACAGCGACAUAGACGCGGUGGUGACCAUCAAGCUGGGCCGCGCGCACCGCGACAACGCCGUGGACGCGCUCAGCUGUGACUCCCUGGACGUGCACUUCCACGUGGCGGGGGCCUCCGUGCAGCUCAACAACCUGUUCGGAGGCGACGGGGAGCUGGGUAGAGCAAUGAACAAGUUCCUGAACGAGAACUGGCAGAAGCUGACGGAGGAGCUUCAGGCGCCGCUGGAGGUGGCCCUCAAGGACUUCCUCAAGCCCCUCGCCGACCACUCCUUCGCGACCCUCAACGCUGAUGACAUACUAUACUCAUAGAG